CCAGGUCCUUGCCUCAUGCAGUAGGUACAGUGGUGUGUGAACUGUACCAAGAUUAACGCAGAAGCAGAUGUUACAGCCAGCAGAGGUUCAAGUAGGACACACAACAAGGAAAGCAGCAGGCUAGCAGGGCUCUGAGACAAUCACCUACAAAGAAGUUUUUGUCCUGCUUUAUACUCCAGCCUACCAUCUCCAGCCAGAUUCACUAUGCCAUACUAUCCACACUUCAGCCUCUGGAAAGUUUUCCAGGAUGCUUUUGAAAUAUAUAGAUUAGCUGAGGAGGAGGAGGAAGAAAUGGAAGAGAAAGAGGAGGAAGAGGAGGAAGUGGAGGAGGAAGAAAUGGAAGAGGAGGAGGAGGAAGAAGAGGAAGUGGAGGAGGAAGAAAUGGAAGAGGAGGAGGAGGAAGAAAUGGAAGAGGAGGAGGAGGAAGAGGAUGAAAAGGAAGAGGAGGCAGGGGCGGCUACUUACAGUGACAGCAUCUUGUCCACAUUAACUGCUUCUUUAAGAUUCAUUUUGCCCUCCUUCUGUGCUUCCCCACCUUCUGCUUCCUCAUCAUGUUCUCUGUUUGGAAGCAGUCCAGAUGAGGCAGAAGAGUCUGUUACCUGGAUGCAGAGUAUUUCACAGAGUUACCAGAGCUCUUACUCCUUCACUUCAUAUAUCAACUUAGAUAAAGAAUAUGGCAGCCCGGAAGAAGAGAGUCUAAACCCGUCCAAGUUGACAGAUGAUGUUUCCGCAUGGCAAAAUCUCAAAAAGCGAAAGGUCACUGAACUGGUGAAUCUCCUGCUCCUGAAAUAUAGAAUGAAAGAGCCUGUCCAGGAAGUGGAAAUGCUUGGGGUUGUCACCGAAGACCACAAGAAACAAUUCCCUGCCAUCUUUGAGGAAGCUGCUAAGUGCUUAGAGAUGAUUUUUGGCAUUGAUAUAAAGGAAGAUGAUCCUGCAAGCAACUCUUAUGUCUUUACCAACACACUGAACCUCACAUAUGAUGACUACAACAAGAGGUUGCCUAGAAAUGCCUUCCUGAUAGUUAUUCUGGGUGUAAUAUUCAUAGAGGGGAACUGUGCCUCUGAAGAAAGCAUAUGGGAAUUCCUGAAUAUGAUAGGAAUAUAUGAUGGGAAGGAGCACUUCAUUUAUGGGGAGCCCAGGGAGUUCCUCACUAGAGAUUUAGUGCAGCAAAAUUAUCUGAAAUAUAGGCAGGUGCCCGACAGUUAUCCUCCACGUUAUGUGUUCCUGUGGGGUCCAAGAGCCUACUCUGAAACCACCACGAUGAAAGUUCUUGAAUUUUUGACGAAAUUUACAAGGAGGGAACCAAUGUAUUUUUCAUCUUUAUAUAAUGAGGCAUUGAGAGAUGAGGGCUCCAGAAAGGCCCCCCUGGAGGAUUAGUACCAUUUUGGUAGCAACAUGGGGCAACCCAAUUACUGAUUUUAAAAGGGACAGUCAACAUUUUAAGUAAGGGGGAGAAUGUCAAGGUUAGUCUGGGCAUGCAGAGAACACAGUAUAGCGCAACUUUGUGUUCUGGUUCUAGAUGAUGAUAAUUGUUUCAUCUAUUUUCUCUUUAGGUGUUUUUUUCAGUGCUCAUUUUUGUAAUUGAAAGUGUGUUACAUUUCCUUUGCAAUGCAAGUUUUUGAUUACUUACAUCUGUUCCUGUCGUACCAGAUUUUCAGAAAGUAUAGGGAAACUAUUCAAUGGUUAAUCUUUGAGUUUCUUUAAUACUUUUAGUCAGCUCUGUAAUGUGUACUCAGAUUGGUUUAUUUAAGCA